UGUCAAAGCAUUGUCCUGAGAGGCUCUCAGCCUUAGCUUUCGAUGGCGUCGGCAGAUGUGAACGCAGCCUGGGCGGAGAUCCUGGAACGCCUCUCCAAGAGUCACGUGGAGGAGGCGCGGCGCCUGGCCCGGGAGCUGGGCCAGCGGCACCCCUGCCGGCAAGCCGCCGGGCAAGUGGCUUUGAGCCUUUGCGAUGCCUGCAACACUGCAGAGGCGCAGAAACUUCUGGCACCGCUGGUGGCGAUUGAAGCCACCUGGAGCGAGACGGUUUGCCUCCUGAGCGGGAUCCAGGCCUCUGGUCCGGAGGCGUGGACCGCUUGCUUGGCGGCUGCGCGCCUGGCAACCCCGCAGCUCUUGCAGCCUGCAGAGGCCUUGGGCGCCUUGUGGUCGGAGCGCCUGGAGACGCCCAGCGUGGCGCGCCUCAGCGGCCAGCGUCCGCUCGAGGAACUUGAGGCGCCUUCCGCUUCCAGCGAGCCUAAAGCCAGGGCCACCGCCUUGGUGCGUGCAGCGCUGGGGCAGCUGGCGCAGGAGCCGCCUCAGCAGCAGGACGCGGUGAAGGAUUCCAAGGAGGCCCUCAGCAUCUUCCGUGGCCUUGAGCUCCCAGAAUGCGAGGCCACCGCGCUGCUGGCGUUGAGCGCUUGCAGCUUGGAGCUGAACCCCCAGGAGAGUGCCCAAGCGGCCACCCAGGCCAUCAAGAUCUUCGCGCAGCUGGGCCACUACAAGGGCCAGACUGCGGCGCUUCAGGCCAUGGCCAAGGCAGAUCAGGCGCGGCAGUGCUUUGACGACGCCAGCUACAAAGCCUCUGAGGCUCUGAAGAUGGCGAGGCAGCUUGGGGACCGCGCCCGGGAGAUUGAGCUUUGUGAGAUCAUCGCGGAAGUGAGCAUUGCCCAGGAUCGGGCCGAAAAGGCUGUGGCAGCGGCCAAGGAUGCAGCUGCCAUUGCUAAGACUCUGGAGAAUGAGGUUCUGCUGGCGCGCGCCCAGUGCUGGACGGCGCGCGCCUAUGGGGCCUACCAGGAGCCGAUGAUGUCGGGGCCGCACGCGGCCAAAGCGGCCUUGCAGCUCUAUGCGAAGCUGGAGAACAAAAGCGGCGAAGUCCAGGCGCUACAGGCGCUGGCCGCAGCCACCAAGGAAGACUUCAGCGACGUUCUGAGUACGAGCCUGAGCCUGGCAGAGAAGUUUGCCUCCGGUGACAAGAAGGAGGAGGCGGAUUGCUUGCUGGUGGCCGUGUCUUGCUGGGAAAGCAGCGACUUGGAGCAGGCGCAGCGCAUGGCGCAGCGCGCGCUGAGUGCUGCCAAGGCGGGCGGCCGGGGAAGCCAGGCGCAGGCGCUGCUGUGCUGGGCGCGGCUGGCGCUGAAGCGCCAGGAGCCGACCGAGGCUUUGCGGAUUGCAUCGCAGGCUGGGGGCAUCUUCAGGAACGAGCCCUUCCAGACGAAGAUCAUGCGAGACGGGGAGAUCGAAUGCGUGGAGAUACAGAUGGAUUCACAUGUGAUGCUAGGCAAUGCGGAGGAGGCCUUCCGCCUGGGCCUGGACCAGGGCCGCAGGUUCAAGCAGAACGACCAGCGCAAGGCCGAGGGCUGCGUCCUUCUGAAACUCGCCAGCCUCCACCAGAUGCGCUUGGAAGAGGAGAAAGCUCUGAAGGUGCUGCUCUUCGCCCCUCGGCUCUUCAGCAUCUCCGGGGAUCGCUUGCUGGAGGGCAGCGCUUGGGAGCGCAUCGCCCGGAGCUACCUGGAAGCUGGGGAUGCCGGCAACGCGCUCCAGGCCACGGAGCAGUGCGUGGGCAGCUUCCGCAAGGUCAACAGCCGCAGCUGCCGGGGCCGCGCUGCCCUGCUCAAGGCGGACGUGCACACGGCGCUGGUGUCCGUGCAGCAGGGCAACAGCGUGGAGGCGCUUGAAGCGGCCCAGGAGGCGGCAGAGAUGCUGACGGAGAAGGAUCUCGCGCUGAAAGCUUUGGCGGUGCAGCUUCUGGCGAACGCGUACCUGCUGAACGGCCAGCCGGAGGCAGCGCUGGACCGUGCACGGGAAAGCCAAGCGCUGGAGCAGCAGCAGAAGCAGGCGGCCGGAGAGGCUAUGUCCUUGUUGCUGGAGGCUGGAGCCCAUUUAGCGCUGGAGGAUUUCGAGAACAGCAGGCAAUGCGCGAGGUCGGCCAAGGAGCUCUUCAGCACGGACCUGGACGAGGCCGGGGAGAGCUCCGCCAAAGACUUCCUCAGCUUCGUGCAGAAGGCGGAGCAAAAUGAAGAGGACCUGCGCCGCUUCCGCGGCUUCGGGCUGCGCCGCGUCAGCGCGGCGCAGGCGCGGCAGAAGGCGGCGGCGCGGCGAGAGGCGCAGAGCGAGAGGAAGCCUCGCCAGUUGCUUGCGACGAAGCAAUCAGAUAUUCUGCUUUGGCAAUGUGACCCCAAGACCAAAGACAGCAGCGGGCUGGUGAUCAUGACGAUCUUCGAGGGUUUUGAGGUGCGAGAGGGGGUGGCCAGACAACAGACGGUGCCCUUGAAGAAGAAGGAGCAGUCGGAGGCUGACGAGGAGGCUGAGCACACAGUGGACUUUUCCAAGGAUUACAAGGACAGUGUGAAGCAAGGGUACCCCGAGACAGAGCCUGCAGUCUUCGCGGUGCGCUGGGUGCAAGCGACGGACACCAAGGAGCCGCCGCGCAGCCGCCGGGAGCUGCGCCGGGAGGAGGACAAGCGCGUGGUCUCAGUGCAAUCCCUGGGCGCGCCCGCCCCGAACUGCGCGCACUACGCCAAGUCUGAACGCCUCGAGGCUCCUGGCGAGCGUCACGGCUACCGGAUCUACUGAGUUUACUUUAAGAGAGCCGCGACUGUUAGCCUUUGAAAAGCAGCCCGGAUGGCUUCGCUCGUAUCGACGUCAGACAAGCCGGGUGAAGAGAUGUUCAGCACGCAGCAUGCCCG